AUGAGGAUCCUCACAUUUUUAGCCGGCCUCAACACUCUGUGGGUUUUAGCCUUUUCUUCUCUGUCCAAUACACUGGCCGUAAAUAACAGCGGGAAAUGGUGGGGUAUAAUAAAUGUGGCUUCCACUGGCAAUGUCCUUCCUGGAUCGGACAACGCCCCAGUUCCUUUGGUGCUGGAUCCAAGUCUGCAGCUUUUAAGUAGGAAGCAAAGACGUCUAAUCCGCCAGAACCCUGGAAUCCUGCAGAGUAUCACCCGGGGGCUGCUUAGUGCCAUACGAGAGUGCAAGUGGCAGUUCAGAAAUCGGCGCUGGAAUUGCCCCACUGGGCCUGGCAACCAGGUGUUCGGAAAAAUUAUUAACAGAGGUUGCAGAGAGACAGCAUUUGUAUAUGCCAUUACCAGUGCUGGAGUGGCUCAUUCGGUGGCCCGUUCCUGUUCUGAAGGUUCUGUUGAGUCCUGCUCUUGUGAUUAUCGGCGUAGAGGGCCAGGGGGACCUGACUGGCAAUGGGGAGGCUGUAGUGACAACAUUGAAUUUGGCCGUUUGAUUGGAAAAGAAUUUGUAGACUCCAGUGAAAGAGGAAGAGACCUAAAAUAUAUGGUGAAUCUGCACAAUAACCAGGCUGGAAGAAUGAAUGUGCUUGCAGAGAUGCGCCAGGAGUGUAAAUGUCAUGGCAUGUCUGGUUCCUGUUCUCUCCGUACAUGUUGGAUGCGACUUCCUCCAUUCCGUUCUGUGGGUGAUGCUCUGAAAGAUCGUUUUGAUGGUGCCUCCAGAGUCACCUACAGCAAUAAUGGUAGCAAUCGGGGGAACUCUCGUAGUGACCCACCACACUUAGAACCGGAGAACCCUACCCAUGCCAUGCCCUCCUCAAGGGACCUGGUCUACUUUGAGAAGUCUCCUAACUUCUGCAGCUAUAAUGAAAAGGCAGGAACACCUGGAACCGUUGGUCGUAUAUGUAAUAGCACAUCUUUAGGGCUUGAUGGAUGUGAGCUCCUGUGCUGUGGCCGAGGUUACCGAAGCAGAGCUGAGAAGGUCACUGAACGGUGUCAUUGUACCUUCCACUGGUGCUGCCAUGUAACCUGCUUGAACUGCACCAGCACACAGAUGGUUCAUGAAUGUUUGUGA